CUUUAGCAGAUGUCAUGAAUUAAAACCUCUAAUUAGAACCGCAAACAUCUUUAAUAAUAUUAGCGGUUCUAAAUAAAUAGAGUCGUUCAAGACUCAAAUGAAUUAAAAAGACUCACAUACCAAUCAUGCGUGGAUGAUAUAAUGAAAAAUAAAAAAAAUGACCCUAAAUUGAGAUAAUCAAUCUACUUGUGUAAGAAAAACUAGUGACUUUAUGUAAAAUAUAAUUUGUGGAUAAUAGAGGAAUAUGUGGACUAGAUUAAAUACGAGUCUACUUGCCUAGUUUCAAAAUCCAUCCUUUCUUCAAGGCUCUAGAAUGGAGGAUGAAGGAUCAGCACAUGAAGCACUAUUCUAUGUGUUGUCAUAUCUUCCCCUGCACCAGCUUCUAAUCAUGAGCCAAGUUAGCAAGUCCAUUAGAGACGUUAUUCGAGACGAUAUAUUGAUAUGGCUCCACAUUGUUGUCAAAAAUCCUUUAAGUAGACGCCUCACCGAUGAUAUUUUGAUCCAAAUUACCUCUAAAGCUCGUGGUAGGCUCCGAACUUUGGCCUUGCUCGACUGUGUCAAUAUUACAGAUGCUGGAAUACUGCAGGUGGUUCACGCAAAUCGCGUUCUAAAUAAGCUGUAUGUACCGGGAUGUACAAGAUUAACACCUGGAGGGAUUAUCCGAGCAGUGGAGAGAUUAGCUGCACAAUCAAUCGUGUUCAUUAGUUUGAAGAUCAGUGGCAUUUACAACAUCAGUAAAGAAGACCUGUUCACACUGCAAUCAUAUGUAUCCCAAUCAACACAGAAACAGCCCAUAUUCUACCACAACUACUGGAGUUCCUCCUUUCGUAGUGUAGAUGAGCAUAACUCGGUUAUCGAUGUGGAAAUAUGUCCCAAAUGUGAGGAGGUCAAGUUAGUGUUCGAUUGCCCCAAGGAAUCCGACUGCAGAGGUUGCUUGCAGUGCAUUACAAGGUGCAUAGUUUGUGGUCGAUGCAUUUCUGAACAAGAUGCGGAUGAACAAGGAGACACUUUAUGCAAUGACUCCGUCUGUCUAGACUGCUGGCUUUGCCUUCCAAAGUGUAACCAUUGUAAUAAGCCAUUUUGUCCCCGACACACUCAUAAACAGCUUAAUCACCAUGGUUCUGAAGGGUUCGUUUGCAAUGUAUGCCAGGCAAAAUCGUUAUUGGUCUACUGUGAAGAAUAGUUCGUCAUAUACACGUAAGUAGCACUGUAACAUGAAAACAUGUCAACACAUGAUAGCAUUUGUGCACUGUAACUAGAUAGUGAUUUUUGAGAUGAUAAAAGCCAUAUCAGGCAAAUUCAUGGACAUUGUUGAUAUUGUUGAUGUCUACAUCAGGAUUUUUUUCAAAAAAGAAAAUACACCUAUAUGAUACAAUGAAUUCAAUGGAUUGUCUGCAUUGAAUCAUCUUACCUACAAUGUGUUCUUAAAAAUUGUUCAAAAGUUUUGAAAGUACCGACUUUGACCCAUCUCUACAUACAAAAUUGGGUCUGUGGCGACUUUCUCAAAACAAUCAAACCAAUGGAGCUGCGAGGUAUGUGACGAGAAUCACAAAUAUUACAUCAUAGCAAAAAAGCAUACCAAAGAAUACUGCUAACUGCAAUUAUCCAGGGUGCAAUGUAACUAUACUGAUAAAGAGUACCAGAACUUGUCGUGCUUUCAGAUGGAGCAAGUGCUGUAUGAUUUGAAAAGGUUUCAUUCCUUCCAUCACUGUAAAAUGCAAAACAUGAAAUAUAUAUGAGUGAAUGUAUGUGUAUACCAGAUAAACUCAACUUCUACUAACCCAACCUACCCCCCUUCCACCACGUGACCCACCCCAAAAUGACAAUCUGGGGCGGCCAGCCAUAUGAUAAGUGUGAGAAAAUCCUAAGUAAGAAGUGGCUAGAAGUCAAUACAUACCUCCCAGGAAAUAUACAUGAACCAUGACCUGCAUAAAUGAAACUUUUAGUUAUUUUGACAGAUUACAAUAUAUGGCACUAGUAUGACAAAUACAAGAGAAAUCUAGCUAGUAAUGACUAAUGACAUGGCAAGACAGCUAAGUGUCAAUUGUAUUUUCAGGGAAAUGAGUUCAGAAAGGUUUAUUUCUCUAAUAGAAAAUAUAUAAUAAAGCUGUUUGACCCAAACGUAAA